GCAGAGGCAGUGACGUCACCAGCCCGACUGCCUUCCUGCUGCAUCACAGCAGCAUUUAGCAGCUCGAGUAGCACUUGUCAUUAGGGGAACGGGAUAUCCGUCACUAAUUCAUUGAUUUAAAAAAAUAAAAAUAAAGAGAGAACCGACUGGCGUCACGGUAUCAAACAACCUUUUAACCCGGGGUAGCCGAACGGGAUUGGUUACAGCUCGAUAACCCCACUACAGCUAUUGGGAUAUGGCCAGGCCGGAACAGGUUCUGCUUUUGGAGCCGCAGCACGAACUAAAAUUCAGAGGUCCGUUUUCAGAUGUGGUCACUGCAAAUCUUAAGCUCUCAAACCCCACAGACAGGAAUGUGUGUUUUAAGGUGAAGACAACGGCGCCGCGCAGGUACUGUGUGCGGCCAAACAGUGGAAUCAUCGAUGCAGGCACCUCCAUUAAUGUUUCUGUUAUGCUGCAGCCUUUUGACUAUGAUCCCAAUGAGAAGAGCAAACACAAGUUCAUGGUUCAAUCCAUGGUAGCACCUCCAGACAUGACCGACAUGGAGGGAGUGUGGAAAGAAGCAAAACCAGAUGAGCUGAUGGACUCUAAGCUGAGGUGUGUCUUUGAGAUGCCAGUGGACAAUGAGAAAACGCACGACAUGGAAUUCAGCAAGAUCAUGUCGACCAGUUUGCUGAAGUCUGAAUCCUCUGCGUUGCCCACAAAGGCGGCCAGCUCCACCCUGGACAACGGGGAGGUAAAAAGGAUCAUGGAAGAGUGCAAGAGGCUGCAGAUGGAAGCUCAGAGGCUACGGGAAGAAAACAAACAGAUUAGAGAGGACGAUGGUCUCCGGAUGAGGAAGAGCAAUGUCAUGUCAUCACAGCAUGCUUCUGUUGCCAUGAAGAAAGAGGAAGGCCUCAGCACUCGCACAAUGGCUUUCAUCAUCCUCUUCUUCGUGGUGGGCGUCAUCGUGGGCAAACUGGUCUUGUAAAGCGCAGGAGUUCUGUCGGCCACAGCAUGCUUUCGGGGAUGAAACCAAACACAGGAUCUGGGAUUAUUGGAUCAGGAAAUGUCAUAUCUUUCGAGUCGGGGUGGGUGGUAUUAGUUUUGAUCUAGUCUCAUUUAUGUAAAAGAAAAAUCCUGUAUGAGAUGAAAUUUAAUGUAUGAAAGCAAAAAGAAAAAAAAAUGACUUAUGAACAAAUGAAAACUGUUACAGGUCUUGUCUCUUCAUAAUCAUCACAUAAUCAGUCUGGCCUUCUUCCCAAAGUUUCCUGCAUACAGGUGAUGUGUUUGAGGGUGGGGGGAAAAUGAAGACUUGAUCAGAGCUAAUUUUCUAACACUGAAAUGGUGUUGGUAUGACUGAGUCCGUUUGCAGUCGAGCAAAUGUCAUUCCGGUAUAUUGUUUUUUUAAACAUACACAGACAAAAUCCAGUAUAAAAGGAGCUGUGACGGCCCCACUCAACAGUAAAAUCCUGGUGUUCGUUCCAGCAAAGUCCUCUUUAAAGAACGGAUUCACAACAGGAAUGAUGCACACAGGUGGGGUGACACACAGGGCUAUCACAGCUUCCUUCAAUCAGAGGCUUUGUAGUUCUCUUUGAUUGUACAACCACCUCAGUCUGCGUAUAAAACACUAACUUUAGCUUCUUUUCCGUGUGUUUGUUUUGUUUUCCCCAUCUCCCAUCACUCACUGCUUACAAGUCUCCAUUUGGCUGGGGGGAGUGUUUGCAUGCGUUCACAGAGUGUUGCAUUUGGACUUUUGAAUCUAAUUUAAUUGCUUUUAUAAUGGUGGAAAUUAUAUUUUGAUUGUAGGUUUGCACAAUUACAAUUUCAGAUUUUUUUUGUGUUUUCCCGUUGCAGUUCUGCAAGGUUUUAUCUGAAUAAUUUUUCUUUCUGCGUAUGGAUGAGCAGAUGAUUGCAGCUACCCGGAGUGAGGUUCAGAUCUUUUCUGUAGAUUCAGAUGAAAGCCUUGCCUUGUGACCUUUCGAGGCAAGUUAUUCUCAGGCCAAGCUUGUACAGUGGACAGACGGUGUAGAGCAAAUGGUUUCCUUUCAACAUUAAGAUCCUCAUGCGUGUCCCAUUAAUGAUUUUAGGUUUCUUUUUCCGACACGUUAUUCCAUAUUUUUCCUGAUACAUUUGUUCUGCUUGAGUGUUCUAGUAGCUGCCUUAACCUGCUGUCCUUAGCUUUUCUUUAGCCUCCACUCAGCUUCGGUAUUUCUUUUUGUUCACCACACAACUGCAGUUCUGAUUGUUUAUGCUGCCGGCUUUAUUGUGACUCUGGGCAUUCUGCAGCAGGAAGUGAACACGGCACGAGGGUCCACAUCAACAAGCUUUGCUUUUUUUUGUUGUUGUUGAAAAUUCAGGAAAAAAAACGGAAAAGGUGUUUUGGAAAUUGUUUACCUUUUUAAAUUCUAAGGUAAUACAUCAUUCUGCUUUACAAUAUUCCAAAGAAAAAUAAACAGUUGCGUUUGUUUGUGUCCAAGCCUAACAGUUGAGAGGAAAUCAGGAAAUGUUUUCCUGUGGAAGCUAAAGAAGAAUGGAACUAGUAAGAACCUGAAAAUAAAAACGUGUUUCUACUGUAUCUCUGCAGUUUUUUGGUCUGAGGAUGACCUGCUGCCGACCUGUGCUACAGAUCCAUCCUGGGUUGUCACAUAGUACUUGCACAAAGUUGUUCUUGUUUAGUGUAUCCUGGUUGGAGUGUCACAUUCUACACAAGAGCUGCUUCCAAACACUAAACUAUUAACACAUGUGAAUGAAUGUGUAACUUUGACACAGUCUCUGAUGGUGCAAACGCCACCAGACUGCAUCUCCUCCCCAGGAAUAAUCGGAUUUAAUGAGUAUCGACGUGUAAACACUAACCAGUCUGGGCCCAAUUGUACAGCGCACUCCACCGACCUGACCUGGAAUCUGACCAUCACCAUGAUCGAUGUAAACAGUCAAGAAGCUGUUUUGUAUGUAUAUAAAUAAAGAAAUAAAAACGUCUUAUCUGACAAGAUGAUUAACCCUAAUCAAGUAGUAUGAUGUGAAAAAAAAAAGCUCCAAUGUUGGAUUAUGUAGCAUCUUAAUAAAUUAAAUGAAUAAAGCUUUGACUUUUUA